AUUUCUAUUCUGGAAAACCCAUCGUUUGAACCGGCAAUCUAUUAUAGUUUACAUAAUAUUUAAGAUAUUCCAGUACCGGAAGAGAGAAGCUGUGAGGCAGUGAACACCGGGAGCUUGACGGAGGAAGCCGUCAGUAACAUGGCUGCAGGAUAAACCGUCAACAACACGACAGAGCCGCGGGUAGAGAACCGGAUCCCGGGCGGAGGGUUGAUGGAGGCUGGAGGCUGAGGCCGUCGGACCGUCGGUGGUUGUUCACCGGGCUGUUGACAGAGGAGCACCGGGGACGGAGCGCGACCUUGGCGGACGCUGUCAUGGAUCUGACGCGGCUGGCGGCGGACGCUGGUCAGUUCAUCAACAGAGCGAUUCAGUACACAGGGGAGACUAUCGGCCAGGCGGACAAGACAGAUCUGGGCCCAGGUCUGGAGGAGCUGCUGUUACUGGCAGACGCCACCAAGACCUGCACGGACAAGAUAAUCUCCCAGACUGAGGUGGUGCUGCAGCCGAGCACCGGAGCACGACUGGAGGACCGGCUGUAUGAGCAUCUUGAAUGGAGCGCCCCGCUUCGGCCUCGUGCCCUCGAGGUUCUGGGUAAUGAAAUGACCCAGGCCGGGCUGGAGCUUGGGUCCAACACUCCCUAUGGAACGGCCCUGCUGAGGUGUGGAGAGGUUCAGAAGCAGCUCAGCGAAGCAGAGAGAAAGUUUGUCCAAAGCACCAACAUCCACUUCCUCACCCCUCUGAGGAGUUUCACUGAGGGGGAACACAGAACCAUACAAGAUGAGCGCAGGAUGUUGCUGAACAAGCGUCUGGACUUGGACAUCGCUAAAAGCCGACUGAAGAAAGCCCACGAGGCCGAUCAGGAGUCCCGAAACCUAAACGCAAACCCUCUGGACGAUGCCUACAUGUCUCACGUCUCCUACAUGUUCAGCUUCAUGCGUGUCAAAUGGCUGAAGGUGUGGGCACAGCAGAUCACGCAGGCAGAGAUGGAGCUAAGAAUCUUUCAGAGUCUGUUCGAUCGACAGUCAGAAAUUACAAGGCAGCUUCUCGAAGGAAUCCACAACACUCACACCAACCACAUGCGGAGUCUGACGGACUUCGUGGAGGCUCAGGCUUGUUUCUAUGACCAGUGCAACCAGCAUGCUCAGGGGCUGCAGAAACAGCUGGGGAGCAUCCCCGCGGUUCUCUGCUCCAACAACUGGCUCUCAGAAAUAAGUGAUCAGCCGUCAACAAGUAGCCAAGUGGCCACCGAGCCCACUGGAUCAAACCAGGCCACUCGGAUUCCCGUGGUCGUCCAACAAAUUCCAGACUUCGAUCAGGACUCGUGGACUGAACGUCCGUCAUCGGACUCUGACAAAACGACAACAGGUUCAUCUGUGCACACUCAGCCACUGGACCCGUCAAAUAACAACAAUAACAACAACAACAACAACAAACAGUCAAGUGACAGCCUAGAGAUCAGUAACCGUGCAGCGGCCAAUCAGGCAUCUCUCAGUGUCUGUGCUUCAGACUCAGACAACAACACAACAGCUCAGCUCUCAGCGGCCAACAGGACAGUCGGCGUUCACACAACAACCGACAGGACGACUGCCGAGUUUUCAGCUGCAGUGGCUGAUGGUUCAGGUCACAAAGCGACGACAACCUCCUCUCCACCUUCACAACCUCAGGCUGCAAAUACAGUGUCGCGUGAAACCAUGAAAACCAGCGCCGUGGCAGAUGAGCCCCAAACAAGUGAUUAAAACGGGUUAUGAUGAGCAGCCCGCCAUUAAAGGAGAAGACGUCCAGGAGUCGCCAGCGUCUGCCAGUCAGGAGGUGGUUGAGUAGAGACUGAACCCAGUCAGCUGGGAAUCACUUUAAUGCCAGUGGUAUAAUAACAGACGUGGUAGAGCUGAGGAAACAGACGGGAUCAGAACGAUGCAGAUACUCGAAUAUUAUCACGUGUGGUUGGAAAAAAAGAAGCUUUAAUUAAUCCCAUAGGGACAUUACUGCAAAGUGGUUGUAAAAGUGCUUAUUCUCCUAGUGCCAGUUGCAUCAUUCAUGUAUUAUUAAUGUUGUGUGAGCAUAAUGACUGUUGAGUGUCAGUCCUGUGUCGUCGUAGUAGAGGAAACUGGUCUCAGGCUGCAAGUCGAGGUCGGACUGAGUGUGUUACGUCUGCAGUGUGCGACUGUAACACACA